UCCUCGAGACAGCAUUGCGCAUGCGCAGAUUCCUCCCAGUUGUCUGUUGACAAACGUGACCAAAUGCAUAUCUCUGUCCCGUUUGCAAAUCCAUCGCCAAGUGGAAUAAAAUGUAAUUUCCCGGGAUUUUGUCGACGUUGCGAGGUUUCAGGUCUGAACUGAAACCAUGCUGAAGUGGUUAUCCGGUGAGGAGGGAGCGCCUGGCUCUGUAGGCCCGGGCUCCCCCCACGGUGCUGCUGCUGCUGGAGAGGUUGCUGUAGAUGAAAUGGCAGAGCGGCUCACCCAGACGGAGCAGCUUGUCACUCAGCUGAAGGAGAUGAUCCGGGAGAAGGAUGCUGCACUUCGCUCCAAAGAUGACCAACUUAAGGUGGAGAAGGAGACGUGUGAGGCCAGAUUGUCAAAGCUGCGUCUCCAGAAUAAAGCCAAGGUGACGUCCCUCACCACACAGCUGGAGGAGCUGAAGAAGCAGCAGGGAGGUCAGGGCACGCCAACACACAGCAAAAAGGGGUCAUCAGAAGGAGAGCAAGCGAGUCGGGGCAAGAUUGUCUUGCUGAAGAAGAAGGUCGAGGAACUGGAACAUCAGCUUGCACAAAGAGUGGAGGAACUGGGAAACAUGAGGAAGGACGCCGAGUCACAGCGGCAGCGAGGCGAGGAAAUGGACGCUAUGCUGAUUGAGAAAGACAAGAAGCUGGCAGAAAAAGAGGCCUACAUUGUCCACCUGCAAACAGCGUUGGCAGGAGACCAGCCCAUCACACCUGCACCACAACAACAGGUGACAGAGGACAGUGGAGCAAUGCAGGAGCUGCAGCUGCUGGUGCAGAGCCUGACCAAGAAGGUGGGAGAAGCAGAGGAGCGCUACAGUUUGCUGCAGGAGCAGGCGGACAGCCUCAGAGAGCUGCUGGCGACAGAGAAGGAGCAGUACAGUCAGAAGGAGAGCAUGUACAAACAAAAUAUCCAGACGUUCAAAGACAUCAUCAUUCAGAAAGAUAACCAGCUGACGGAGAUAAACCAGAUGCAUGAACAAGAGCUCUUCAAGUUAGCAGCAAAGUCUGAUGCCAGUGCAGACUUAGAGCAGCUUCUGAAGGCUCUAAAACAGAAGCUUCAUGAGAAGGAGGAGGUGCUGCUGGGUAAAACCCAGGUCAUUGACGUUCUCCAGGGAGAGGUGGACGGCAGGGACCAACAGAUAAAGGAACUUGCUGAGCGGCUGCGUCGGCUACAAGUAGAACGAGAGAGCUUGGAAUCCAAGAUGGAGGCAGAGAAGCAUGUGAUGCGAGCGCAACUUCGUGACCUGAUGGAGAAGCAGCAGGCGGAGGUGCAGCGAAUGGCUGAGCAGCAUCAGGCACAGAUGGCCCAAACGCAGCAGGAUCUCCUGGGGCAGCUGGAGGAGAUGAGGAGGGCUGCGGUAACAGCGCCACCUGCCAGUCAGGAGCCCUCAGCAAGUGGAAACGUGCCCGCAGAUUUAGCCUCCAUACAAAGGAUAGCUGAGCUGGAAGCCCAAUCGAAGCAGAAAACGGAUGAAGCCACCAGAUCAGAUGCCAAGUUCCUGAAAAUGAAAGCCUGGUCUAAAUCUCGGAUCAGACAGUUGGAGGAGGAGUUAAAGAAAAGCCAGGCUGGAGGUGCCCCCCCUGACCUGACUGCCCUGCGGAGUCGUAUCACAGCACUGGAGGAGGAGAGAGAGGAAAACAUCUGGAAAGUGGAGCAAUACGAGGAGCUCAAAGCAAAGAACGACAUGCUGGAGGCUAAGCUGGUGGUGUAUGAGGAGCAACAGAGGACGCUACAAGCAGACCUGGAGCAGUUCACCAAGAGGGCUGCCUCUCAGGCAAGUGAGUCGGGCAGUGCUGACGACACUCAGAGCCAGGUGCUGGAGUGGCAGGAGAUGGUGGCUGAGGCAGUCAGCGCCAGGGACCGGGCCAAGGAGGAGAAGGCUGCCAUGUCCCUCCGCAUGAGCCACAUGGAGGAGGAGAGAGAGGGACUGAUUGAGGAUGACUGGUUCUUUCCUGGCUGCUCUGAUCCAGCACUGGCCUCUAGGCAGCAGGAGUUGGAGGAGGAGCUGGCUCAAGCUCGGGGGCUCGGCCAACACAGGGCCAAGAAGCUGGCGGCGCCGGCCCAACGAAGCCUGCAGGAGGAUUUCGAGGAUUUUGUUGGACACGCCCCAUUCCAGGACCGGCGGAGCACCUCUGAGAGCACAACCCCGAUGGAGGGAGAGAACAUGGGAGGUUGGUGGCCCGAGUACAGUACUCCUGACACAGAUGGUUUGCGGUCUGUUGUGGAGGAGCUGGAGCUGGAGCGGAACCAACUGCAGGAGCAGAUACUGAGCCUGGAGGAGCGCUGUCAAGAUCUGGAGGAUCGACUGCAGCUGCAGGCCCGCAUAGAGACAUUACAGGUGACGUUUGAUGUAGAUGAAGAUGAGCAGCCAUUUUGGGUCUCUCAGAAUGAGUCCGAGAAACUACAGAGCCAGCUUGCCAGUGUCCGAAGUCAACAGAGCAGAGAUGCAGAGAAGCAUCAGCUGCUGGUUAGCAGUCUCAACGAACAGCUCAAAGGACUGAGUAACACACAGGAGUGCCUGGAAAGCUCACUCAUCGAGAAGGAGAAUACGUUGGCCAAGACGUCUGAGAAACUUGAGCUCAUCACCAGCCUCAGAGAAUCUUUGAGUGAAAAAGAAAUUCAGUACAAAGAGGUGUCGGACAAGCUUCUUCAGACUGAGCACACCCUUGAGAAUGUGUCCAAGAAAUGCAGUAGUUCAGAGAAACAGUGCUCUGAGUUGAAAAUAGAAGUUGCCGACCUCACGCAGAAGCUGAGUGUGCUGAAGGAGAAGACACAAAAGCAGGAAGUCACCAUAGAAACUUUACAAACUGAUCUUGAUCAGACAAACGAGGAGCUGGACAAACUGAAUACCGCCUAUUUGGAAGAACGAGCCCAACUCAUUCAUGACCUUCAAAGCUGCGAGCGGGAAAUUGAUAGUCUUAAAGAUGUCCUGCUGGAAAAGGACAAGGAGAUUUCAACCCUCUCCGGCAGCAUGGCCGAGUAUGCAGAACAGGUCGCAGUGCUGAAGCACGAGAUCAAAGUCAAAGAAGAGAACCUGGUUCAUGUAGAGAAUGCCCUGAGUAAGGCAACGCGGGAGGCCAUGAUUAUCAGAGACUCCCAGAGUUCAGACCAGCAAGCCCUGGAUAACAAGAUCACAGAGCUGGUCGAGAACCUCAAGGACACUGAGAUGGAGCUGGUCAAGGCCAAAGAGGAAAGAGAGUGUAAAGCGGCGGAGGUGGAACAUCUGAUAAAGCAGGCUGAAGAGGACAAGAAAACUAUUCAGGACCUUCGAGGCGAGAUCCAGAAACAGAUUGUAAGCCAUCGUAAUCAUCUUUCUGAAUGUGGACCACAUAUCACCUCACUAAAGGAACAGCUGACGGUAUCCACACAAAAGCUUCAGGAGUCAGAAGGACUCGUUUUGCAGCUCAAAGACAAAAAUGCCAGCAAUGAGCAACAGCUAAAUGAUAAAGAACAGACGUACGAAAAAGAACUAAAAUCUUUCAAGGAUGAAGAGAACAAACUUCUGGCACAGGUGGAAAAAUACAAUAAUGAAAUGCAGACAUUGACCAAGCAAUUAGAGGAGCAAGUACAAAGUGAGGAGCACAUCAAGAAGGAGAUGGAAGAGAAACUGGAAACCAUAGCUUCACUGGAAAGCCGACUAAAGGCAACUGAUGAGGAGGUCAAGGAUGAGAGGCAGAAAUUUAACACUGAAUUGCAAGUCCGGGAUUCAGAAAAUGAGAAACUGAGCAAUGAACUUAAAAUCAAAUCUGAAAAUAUCUCCGAACUCAACAACUUAUUAAAAAACAUAAACACUGAGAAAAAGCAGCUGCAAGAAAAACUUCAAGUGCUGACUGAGGAGCUUGAGCUACAGAAGCAGAAUGUACAUCAACUCAGUGAAAAAGUCUCGUCCGCUCUUGAACUUAACUGCAGUCUUGAGAAUCAAGUACAUUGCCUUACAAAAGAGAAAGAGAGACUUGAGCUGGAGGUAGCUGAAAGCAUAAAAACAAUUUCUGAAGUUACAGUUGAGAAGGAUUCUUUGCAAGUCAAGGUGUCCAUGUUGGAAACACAGCAUUCACAAAACAACACAACAAUUGAGGGGCUACAAAAAGAUAAAGAGGAACUGACGGUUCGAGCUAAUGAGUUGAACAGAAUUCUUGAGCAAAGCACACACUCAAACUCAGAGAUGCUGCUGGAAAAAACAAAUGAAUGUAGUAAUCUCCACCAGUUACUCAGGGAGAGGGAGGAGAAGGUGACACAACUGCAGGAGCAAGUGCAGAGCUUGACCUGUAAGGUAGACCAGCUCCAGCAUGACUUGGCAGACAGAGAGCGGACUGUCGAUGAUCUUCGAGCACAAAUAGAGAUCCAACAAAACCAGCAAACGCAACUUCGGGAAACGCUGUCUGUGCUUCGAGAACAGGAGUGCAGUCUGAAGUCUGGGGUGAUGGAGAAGGAUGCGGUCUUAAAAGAGAACCAAAGUUUGCAGAAUGAAGUAACACACCAGAAAAAUAUUAUAUCCGAGCUACAAGCAGAAGCUGAAUCACUUAAUAAGGAGCACUUACAACUUCGCCAGCAAAUUGAAGAGAGAGAAGAAAUGUUGAAAAAUGUGAAGCAACAGUGUCAAAACCACAAAGACAAAGUGAAUGAUUCAAACAAGGCUGUGAAGUCUCUGACUGACCAAAUCGGUGUCCUGGAAGAAAACGCCAGAAAGCUGAAGUCUGCAGCAGAGCUGAGGCAAGCCGAGUUGGCUAGCUUAAACAGCCACAUCCAGACUGUGACUGAGGAAAACCACCAACUUCGUGCUGCUUGUGAAUCAAGAGAAAAGGAGCUCGCUCAGCAAACACAGGCUCUAUCUGACCUUGAUGGACGGCUUAAAGCGACUCUUGAACAGAACUCCAGUUUAAGCGUGAAGAUUAGCAGCCUAACAGAAGCUAAUCAGAGACUACAAGAGCAGUUAGCACAGAACAUCAACUCUGUUUCUGAACUAACCACAGAGAGGAGUUUACUCCAGGAACAAAAUUCUGGGCUGAAAAUUCAAAUCUCAGAAAAUGAGAAAACAUUUGACGGCCUGUUGAAGGAAAAGGAGACGCUUACUAUGGAAACAGACGAAUUGAAAAAGAUCCUGAAGGAAAGUGAACUGUCAAACUCUGCAGGUUUGCUUGAGAAAACAAGUGAAUGUGCUCAUCUGUCAAAAACGUUAAGGGAGAGAGAAGAACAACUUCAAGCUCUACAAGAGCAAGUUGGUCAACUCAGUAUGUCCUUGAAUGAGAAAGACCAAACAAUGUCAGAACAGAGUUCACAGUUGGAAGCUCAGCAGAAACAACUGCUGCAACUUCAGGAUACUGUAUCUAUGCUUCAGGAACAAGGAUCUGCCCUCAAGUCAGGGCUGAUGGAGAAAGACACAGUGUGUCAGCAGAAAGCAGAGGAGUGUAGUGUUUAUCAGAAAGAAGUCACGCUACAGAAAUCCCUCAUUUCACAGAUGCAGGGUGAAGUAGAGUCACUCAGGAAAGAGUGCCUGGAGGCGAAACAGCUGAUAGAGCAAAAAGAACACACAUUAAAAGAAGUAACAAAUGAGUUUCAAAACCACAAAGAUGAGCUGAAUAAACGAAACGAAUCAGUGAUUUCACUCAGCAGUCAGCUUGGUGCCAUGAAUGAGAAUGCUGCUGAGAUGGAGGUUGAAAUUACCAACCUAAAGACUGCUGUGCAGAAGCUCACUGCAGAAAACAGUCAGCUGAUGCAGGAGGGGGACCAGAGGAGAGCAGAGGUCAUGGAUUUUAAAGACAGCAUUCAAGCACUGAAUGAGCAGAAUACAAGGUUGAAAUCUGAAUUUCAGAAAACCGUGACAGAGCUGUCCAAAGCGCACGAAGAAGUCGCACUUCUCAAAGCGGCAUGCUCCGAGAAGGAAAGGCUUAACUUGACUAUGCAAGGAAAAGAUGAUUCACUGAAACAGCAGGCGAAUCUGAUCCAGCAGCUCAACAGUAGGAUUGCAGAGCAAGAGGAGCAGCUCACACAGAAAGCAGGUGACAAUGCCAGUUUAAGUGCAAAACUUUCAGAGCUUGAAGAUUCUGUCUGUAAACUCAGAGGCCAAGUUGACGGCCUGACUUCGGAGUCCUCCGCACUGAAAAAUACUUUGGAGAAAAAAGAACAGUCAAGUCUUGAAUAUCAAAGUCAUUCUUCAGCUACCAUUGAAAAUCUCAGUUCAAAUCUACAAGCCAAAGAGACAGAGUGUGAGAGCUUGAAAGAGCAGGUUUCACACCUUGAAGAAUCGGUCACAAAGCUCAGCAACACCCUCCAAGUACAGGCAUCUGAAGUGGAAAAUCUGAAAAGGGCCUCGGAAGAAAAAGAUGCAGCUCUUUUGGACCAAUCAAAGUCGCUUCAGGAUAUUCAGAGAAGAGCAGAUGAGGCUUUGCUCUUCAAAUCUCAGUUCAUGGAAAGCACAGAGUUGGUGUCACAGCUACAGAGUCAAAUUCACUUACUGUCCACUGAGUCUGAACACCUCAAAAGGUCAGCAGAGGAAACGCAAAGUGCCUUUAGCAACCUACAAGAGAAAUAUGCAACUAACUUGGAGGAGUUACAAGAAGUGAGAAAGCAUCUGUCCCAAAGGACUGAUGAGGUGUCCAACCUUCGGAAGUUAUUGGAUGAUACCAAUAAAGAACAUCAGACAGCAAAGACGACUAUAGAAACACUGAGAAAUGAGUUAUCUGCGAUCCAUCGCAAACUUGAGAAAACCGAAGACCUGAACUCCAGUUUGUCAAAGGAAAAGGAUGAAGCUUUUGCGUCUCAUCAAGCAAGCGUGUCACUGCUGACCGUUGAAAUAGAAAGACUCAAAUCACAACAUCUUCAAGUUGUAGCACAAAUGAAUGCACUGACAGAAAACCUUGAGCAGAGAGAAAUGGCUCUCCAUGCAAUUAACAGUCAGUACACAUCUCAGGCCAAACACGCGUCUCAGCUGGUUUCAGAAAUGCAGAAACUAGAGGAGCAAAAUAAGAGACUAAAUAAGGAUCUUAGUUUGUCAAAGGAAGAGCACCAGAAGCUUCUUACUGCUGUCAGAAAUGAAAACACACAUUUGCAAGAGGAAGUUAGAAAAGUUAUUGCAGAGAAGAAAGAGCUGGAAAGGAGACAUCAUCAAAUAUGGUCCUCGCAGGGGGAGCUGCAGGUUCAAAUGGAGCAGCAGUCCAGCAGCAUGAACGAAAUAAAGGAGAAAAUGAUGUCCGAGAAGGAGAGCCUUCAAGCAAAGGUUAGUGCCAAAGAUGAAGAACUUUCUCGAUUAAAAGAAAACGUUCAAAAGAUAGAGCAAAUUCUGCAGGAUUCUGAGAAAGAAUGGCUGUUAGUUCUGGAUAGAGAAAAACAGGAUAAGAAUCUACUUGCAGAACAAUUGAAAAGUGUUGAAAAUGAAAUGAAAUCUAAAGAUGUUAAGGUUACGGCUUUAAAACGAGACUUGGACAGUUUGCAGGAGAAACUAGCGGAGGCUUCCUCUGCAAUUAGGCAGGGUUCUGAUCAGCUGAGCGCCAAAGAGUCGGAGGCAUCAGCAUCCAGGAUUCAACUUGAGAAGGUAUUAGCAUCUGUCCAACAAAAGGAUAAUGACAACAAUAAUUUGCAACAGACUCUAAAAGCUGCAGAACACGAGUUACAAAAACUUAUAGCAAGAAAAAAUGGUACUGACAAUGAUUCCUCUGUCUCGCCACCAACCACACCUGAGAGAGCAGCAGCUCUAAAGAAAGAUAAGGCUACUUUACGGGACAUGAUAAAACAAUUACAAGACUGUCAUGAGUCUGAGGUAAAUGCUUUGAAGGAUGAGUUGGAUAAAACUGUUGCACAGUUACAAAAAACACUUAAUGAAGGAGAGAGGAGUAAUGAUGAGAAGGGUCAACAAGUUUCUCUUUUGCAAGAGAUGGUAGAGCAUCUACAGACUCAGCUCAGUGCUGAAUUAGAGAAAGUGAAAGAAGCUACUUUCAAACACUCUUCUUUACGCAGUGAAUCGCAGGCAAAAGAUGAGCAAAUCAACUGUAUGAGCAUUCAGAUAAGUCAGCAGAAGGAAUUACUUGCUGGACUUAGUCAGCAGUUAAGGGACAAAGAUGCAUCCAUCGCCCAAGUCAUGGAAUCUGCCUCCAAUGAAAGAAUGAAACUUGGAGAGGAAAACACCUCUCUACUAGCACAACUAGAAAGCAUGGAGCAAGAACACAAAACCUCCAUGAAGAGGCUUGAGGAGAUUUCUCAGCAGUUAGAAGAACACGUUUCACGCUCUCAAAGUGAAAUUGAGACCAAGAAUGCAGAGAAGCUUGAGCUGGUUAAAGAAAAUGACAAUUUAAAGAGUGAACUAGCCAAGGCAUCUAAAGAAAAAGAUGCAACAAAGAAGAAGCUUCAAGCCGCUCUCAUCGUAAGAAAGGAUCUGUUGAAAAAAAUUGAGCAAUAUGAAAGCCAAAAAGAAGAGAGUGUAAACAGUAGAACGGAGGUCUCGCUUUUACAGAAUAAACUGCAGGAGGUAACAAGUCAGGCUCAAGCGGCUGCAGAAAUAAAUGAAGAAAAGGUUUGUCGUCUUGAAAAGAAAAGUCUCGAGAAAGAAAGAGAGAUUCUUGAACACAAAACAGAAAGGGAAAGACUUGUGGAACAAUUUCAGGCUGACAAACUAAUUUUGCAAGCUACAAUAAAUAAGAAAGAAGUUUGUUUGUCAGAAACAUUGUCAGCACUGACUGAGAAAAACUCCCUCAUCGAGCAGCUGCACUCCAGUGCUGCUGACCGAGAAGAAGAAUUUGAGCGAGAACGAAACGGCUGGAUGCAGAAAUUAGAAGAGCUUCAAAAUGAAAUCAAGACAUGUAAAGAUGAGUUUGAGGAAAAAUCUUUCUCCACUGCUACUGCUGUUGAUUUAGAAAACGAGCUUGCACAGAUGAAGCUUGAAAAGGCGGCGCUACAGAAAAAGGCCCAGGCUGCCUUGCUGGCACGCAAAGAGUCAAUGAAGAAAGCUCAAGAAAAUGAAAAGAAGUUAAGUCAAGAACUGGCUGAACUGAAAGACGACUACAAGGCUCUCUUAGAACAACGCUGUCAGCAGACGAAUGAGCUAAACUCUGUCCAGUUAAACCUUGACGAGAAGGUCCGGGAACUGGAGGACCUCCGUAAAACCUCUCUGUCUGAUCUAGAUGAACUGGACACUUUAAGACAGCUUGUUAAGGAGAGGGAUACAACUCUACAAGAUUUGAAAAUGUCUCUGGCUGAGAAGGAGAGCCAGUGCCAUUCUCUGUCAAACUUGCAAACAGAGCUAGAAAAUGUCAAAUCCAAAUUUGAGAGCAUGUCUGUUGAGAUGGCAACUAAAGAUGAGGCUCGCGUAGUGAUGGAGCAAAGAGCAGAAGCUUUGAAAUCAAAACUUCACAUGGUAGAGAAUGACUUGGAGAAAGCUCGUGCAGAAGUAAAAGAGAAAACGGAAGAAGUUGAAAAGACCGUUAACGUUGCCGAGCUAAAGACCCAACAGGAGAAGCAAGAUUUAUUUAAUGAAAAAAUCGCUUUGGAGACCCAGCUAAGAAUCUCUGAGUCUGCACUGGAGGAACUGAAGCACGCAAAUGAAGAAAAAUAUCUUAUUUUGGUGCAAGAAAACAAGGCUCUUUUGGAGCAAAGUAAUCAGAUGAAAGUGGAACUGGAGACAGCAGCUGCUUUAGUGUCACAGAAAUCUUUGGAAGUUGUAACCAUCGAAAAGACAUUAGCAGAAACACAGCAGCAGCUCAGUGAGGACAAAGCUGUUCUCACUAAGGAGCUUGAAAAAGCGCAACUGCAUUUCACUGAAAAACAAAAGCAGUUGGAUUUGUUAAAACAAGAAAAAGAAAAUGCUUUCAGAAUAAUCGAUGAACUCAGAGAUGAGGUUAACACUCUGAAUAAGCAACUGGAGACGGUAAAUGAGCCGCUACAUCAAGAGAAGCGUGAAAUUUUGUCUUGCAAAUGUGCUGAAAACCUUGAAGUGAAGCUAAAGGAGAGAGAUGACGCCUUGUUGGUUUCUCAGGCUCAAGUUUCAGAAAAAGAAGAACUAAUUGCCGCGCUUGAACGUCAGUUACAGCAGCAUAUGAAAAUCCAUGAAGUUGCCAUUGAGAAGAUGAGAACAGAAGCCGAUGAGCUUCAGAAAUCUCGGGAAGAUGGCACCAAAAGGAAUGAUCUGGAAAGCAAAAUUUCUCUCCUAACCAGGAAGCUUCAAGCAGCUUUGGUUUCUAGGAAAGAACUGCUGAAGGAAAACGCAACUCUCAAGGAAGAAGCAGAAAAGCUGUCAGCCAAACAUAAAGCUAAAGAAGCAGAGUAUUUUGCUCUGGAAUCAUCAGUGCCGAGGCUGAAACAACAAAAUAUGGACCUGGAAAGUUCCGUGUCAUCUCUAAAGAAGGAGAAAGACGAGCUCAGCGCCGAAGUUGAUGGUAUCUUAAAAGAAAAUCGCAGCCUAUCAGCAGCCUGUGAAAGCUUGAAACUAACCAUAGAAAACAUCACGCAGCAGAAACAAGCUUUCUCCUGCCAGCUUGAAUCCCUCAAGGACUCUGAAACAGACGAGCUCUCCAGGUGGAAGUCAAAGCACGCUGAGCUGAAACAAGAGUACGAGUCUCUAUUACAAGCUUAUGAAAAUGUAAGCAGUGAAAUGGAUAAGAUGAGACAGCUUUUGGAGGGCGCCAAAAGAGACAGACAGGAAGCCCUCCGGAAAAUCCACAAACAGGAGGCUGAGAUGGCGAUUCUGGAGAAGCAAGCUAGAGAGAUGGAGGAAGAAAAUGGCCGAAUUAAAGAGAGGGUGCACGCUUUUUCCAAAGAGAAAAGGCAGAAGAUUGAGGAGCUGGAGGAAGAGAACCAGAAUAUUAGAAAAAAUCUGACCGAGCUGGAAGAAAACCACAAAAUGGCGAAGUGCGAGAUGACCGAUAAAAAUCAACAAUUGGAGGCUGAGAUUCGCAAACUUAAAGAGACAUCAGAGGAUCUCAGGGAGAAGCUGACUGAACUGAGGGCUGAAAAUAGCCUCUUGGCAGCAAAGCUUGAAGAAACUAGCUGUUCAUUGGAAAAGAAGCACUUGGAAUCAAACACAUACACAAACAACAUGCAGCUUAAGCUCGAUGAGGCGCUCAGUUUGAAUAAUUCACUUACUGCCCAGAUUGAGUCCCAGAAAACAGAACUCGGCGCUCAGUUGGAAAUCAGCAACUUGUUACAAAAGGAGAAGCAAAAUCUUUCUGAAAGAAUUGAGAAGAUACAGAAUGAUCAUGACUUACAGUUGGGGAAGAAAGAUGACGUCAUUAAAGGACUGAAAGACAUUAUUAACAGACACAGCCAAGAGACGAUUAGCCUGAACGAGAAGGUGAGAAUCUUGGAGGACGAUAAGUCUCUUCUGCAGGAGGAGCUUGAAAAUGUGCAAGAGAUUUCAGACAAAGUGAAAAAUGAAAAUGAAUAUUUGGAAACUGUGAUCCUUAAAAAUUCUGAAAGUAUUGAUGAACUGACCGAGUCUGUCACUGUUUUGCAAACCCAAAACCUGCAGCUGUCCUCUCAGCUGGCAGCGUGUAAAGAGAUGAGUAGUCAAGUUCGUCGAAAAGAGGAGGAGCAGCUGAAAUUAGUCAGAGCGUUUGAGGAGAAACUCAAGACGGUCCAGAGAGGCAACGAGGGGUCCAAGAAUGUGAAGAAAGAACUGCAAGAGCUACUCAAAGAAAAGCACCAAGAGAUAAAUCUGCUGCAGCAAAACUGCAUUAAAUACCAGGAAGUGAUUUUAGAUUUAGAGAGCUCUUUGAAGACCUCGCAGUCAGUCUGUGAAAACUUUGAGAAAGAACUGAAGAAAAGCUCUGAGAAAAUAUCAGCUUUGGAGGAGAAAAAUAACCAAGUUGAAGCUGAGCUGAAUACGCACAAGAAUCUCCUCCAGCAGGCCACAGAAAAGAUCUUGAGUGUUGAGUCUGAAAGAGACCGGCUGGCCCUGGACAUAUCACAGCAAAGUAAAAAGCACGAGGAUCAGGUGAUGGAGAAAACAAAAUCACUGCAAAAUAUGGAAAAGCAACAAUUAAAUUCUUAUAUGGAGAAUCAGUUUGUGUUGCAGCAACAGAUAGAUGACCUUAAGGAGCUAAAAGAUAAAGAAAGUCAAAAAGUGGAUGAACUGAUGCAGCAACUAGACGCUCAAAAUCUACAGAUGAGCUCUCUAAAAAGAGCAGCAGAGACUAAUGAGGCCAAGGUGUCUGCUUUAUCGGCCACUCCUCGAGGUGCAGAGGCUGCCAAAGUCUGGAACGAUUUGUACCAAAAGACGUUACACGAGAAGGAUAACCAGCUCCUGGAACAGGGUUUCGUGAUCAAACGAUUCCUCGAAGACAUGAGAGUGAAAGAGAAAGAGGUCAGUGAACUACGAGUGACCAAGUCAAGACUGGAAAGGACACUAAAUGAAUACUCGGUUGCUGCCGCUGCACAGCAGAGACAGCUGUUUGUCAUGAGCGCAAGCAACGCUGAACUCACUGAGACGGUGGAGCUCAUGACUGUGCAGGUAAAGGAACUCGGUGCUCACGCUGAAAGAAUAGAACAAGAUAAAAACACACUGAGCCGACAGCUUGCUGACAAAGAAGAUGUGAUUUCCCAGAUGCAGCUAAAUCUCCAGCAAAUGGGGAAGAUAAAUGCAGACUCAGACGCUCAGCUGCUCCUUUUACAGUCUCAAAAUGACAAACUUCAAGCUGACUUUGAGAAGCAGGAGGGAAUUUCUCUGCAACUGAAAACACUCCUCCAGGGUAAAGAUGCUGAGAUCUCCUCUUUGCUGUCCUGUAGAGACGGACAGAUGUCAGGAUAUCUAGAACAGCUCCAGGCUAAUCAUCGCACCCAGGUAGCCGUGUAUGAGGACAGGUUAACAUCUUCACGCUACCAAAGACAAAAGGCUGACAAAGAGUUAAGAGGACUUGAAGCCAAGGUCAAAAGUCUACAAAUUAAAGUUGACAAGUCUACCCAGGAAAAGGAGCAGACGGACGCUAAGAUGGAGUCAUUCAAGAACUCGAUGGUGUCUUUACAGAGCGAACGGGAACGCCUGAUGUCAGAAUACAGAAUACUCGAAGCGAAGAGUCAGUUAGGGCUAACGGGUAAAGAGGGCUCUGCUGACGGGGAAGGUGGUGCCACCAAAGGUCUUAAACAUGAAAUAAGGAAAUUAUUACAUCAAAUGGAUGAUCUCAAUUCAGAGAAUGCUAUGCUCAGGGCACAGCUGAUUCGGUACCGAGAGGAUUUGAAUCAGGUUUUAUCUCUAAAGGACAACCAGUUGAAGGCGCUGCUGAAGAAGCAGCAGGAUGUGAUCAAAAACCUUGAAAACCAAAAGGCUGCAGCUGAAAAGCAACAAAGGGAGUCUCGGCUGGAGCUCCAAAAGGAAGAAGAGGUGAGCAAUACUUUAAAAGCUGAGAUUUCUAAACUUCAAGCUCAGCUCUCAACACUGGAAGCUGAUAUAGUAACUCUAAAAAAGGAGAGAGCCACGACAAAUGAAGGCAAAGUGAUUGGUGAUUUGCAGGAAGCUGUGGCAGCCAAAGCAGCUGAAUGUAAUGACCUCCAGCAAAAACUUCUUUCUCAGAAAAUCCUCACCGAUGAGCUCAAGGAAAAACUGCAGCUGCUGGAAAACGAAACGGACAAAAAACUGUCUGAGGCUGAGGACAAAUACAACAGUGAGCUGGACACCUUCGAGCGCGAGGUGGAGCUGAUGAGAAAUGAGCGGGAGGCGGCUGAUCAGAGGGUGGCAGCGCUCGCUAAAGACCUACUCGAAAUGGAACAGCAGUUAUCAGAGGCCAAAACACAAAGCAAAGACAUCCGUGCUCAAAACGAGUCCCUGUGCAAAGCCAUGGCCGCGCUGCAGAAUGACCGAGAUCAGCUUAUUGAAGACUUCAAGAUCCUGAGAAACGGAUAUGAAGAAGAACUCCGAGAAUCUCAGGCAGCCUUGAACAAGGUGGAGCGAAGUCUGCGGGAUGCCAACUCUGACAUGGCGAUGUUAGCCAAAGAGAGGGACGUCCUUGUCCAUAAAGUAAACGCUUUAGAAAGCAAAGACGCGCACGCAGAGCUGAACAAGUUGUUGGAUGAGCUGUCGAAGGCUUUGUCAGAGAAGGAAAGGGAACUGAAGCAGGUGGUCCAGGAGAACAGCACGUACAGCAGGCAGCUGUCGGCGUUCUCCAGAUCCAUGGCCAGCCUCCAAAAUGACCGUGACAUGAUUGAUGAGUUGAGCGGGUCCAAAAGAGCGGUUGAGUCCAGGCAAGGGUCAAGCCCAGAGACUGUCACCUCUACGAGUUUGGAAAAGUCAAAGGGAAGUGGCGUCGGUGCCCUCCGGAAAGAGAAAGAAGGGCUGGAGAAGUCGGAUGAACUGCAGCAAACCGUGAAGAAGAUGCAGACUUCUGCAAACAGAGUGCCACCUGAAAAAGAAAUCGGCAGCUACCAGGAGGAAACUGCAGAUCUGAGGUCUGACACAGAGAGGAAGGACACGCUGCCUGCCAAGGAAACAGUUGUUUUGGCUGGUCAGAGCAGAGUGGACGAGGCGGUGAGUCUGUUGGAGGCUGAAAGAAUCCAGCUCCACAGUGACCUGCAGCGCUGCAUGUAUGAGAUCCAACAACGAGACCAGUACUUCCAGCAACUCAACACUAAGCUGCAGCAGGUAGUGGAGGAGAAAGGUGCGGUAGCAGCUCAGCUGAGGGCCGUUUCCCAAACCCUGAGGGACACCCAGAAUCGCUGCCACUGGCUGGAAAGCCAGGUCCAGGUCCAGGCUCAGGGGUCAGUGUAUGCUGAGGUUGCACCUGGAGCCCCCCAGGAGAGGAGCAACAAGUCCACCAUUUCUGAAACUGCUGAAGCCAGUCAGCUGCGAGAAAGGCUGCUCGAGGUGGAGCAGAGUCUAGCAGAUGAGCGGGCCAGGAGAGAGACCGCCGAGGAGGCUCUGCGUCUCGCUGAAGACAACGCAAAGAGUGUUGGUUCCGGUCUGUCCAGAGACACUCAGAGGGACUUCAGUAUCGAGAUGGAAACGGAGGAGGAGUGGGAAGCUCUCAGUCUCAACCCGAACCAGCCUCUAAUAACACGAAAGGUGAAAGGUGGGAUGGUGGCGUGUCGACGGUGGCUCAGAGGGAGGAGCCUCUACUUCUCCAGGCUGCUGACGAGUCGCGCCCGCUCUCGAUAUUUCUUUCUGGCCUACUUGCUCACAAUACACAUGCUUGUUCUCAUGUGCCUCACUGGUGCCCUGUAGCAAGGUCACACUGGGAAGUUACACAAAUUGGCUCCAGGUUUGGUUUUUUUUUAGCUAGUACAGCAUUUUAGUGUUCUGUUUGUAUUGUAAAGCGUGGUGAAACACUAAAGGGGCCCAUGUGCAGUGGCUGGAGAGACUCUCCAUGCUGUCGUCGUUAAUGACAGUAAAUAAAGUGGCCUGCUCAGUCGAUGACAUUACAUUCUGCUAAAUGAACAGUGAGACAACUGACAUGUUAAAAGUUAAAUAUUUCUGCUGGACUUUACAAAAUGUAAUGUCAUUUUUAUUAAUCUGUUGUUUUCUGACUGAACACAGUGAGUUUAGCUUUUUCCCUUCCUUUAUAUGGUAAAUCGAGCCUUAAAGCAAGAGUCUCUUUUCCUUUCUUGCUGUUCUUUGUGAAAAGAAGCAGGUGGGUUCCUUCAUUAUUGAGGCGUGUUGCUUCCAGUUUGUUGUUUUCAGAUCCAAAUUAGAAAGCAGGCAUGGAAAGAAAGUUCGGUGUUACUCUUAUGUAAAAGCCUAAGAAGGUGCAGAAAGCCAUAUCCGUUCGUGGUGAACACUACUGUAUAAAUCUUGUUUUGAAUCUCAUCUCCUGGCCACCUUGUUGCCCUCCCCUGAGCUGGGAACAAACACCCCCAUCUGUCUGUAUCUGUUUGCUUUACAUCCAAAUCACAUAUAUCAGCACCAGCUGCUGCUUUCUUGCCUGCCUGGUUUAAGACCUUGCACAUAAUCGUGAUGCUGAGUUAAAACUAUGCACUGAAACUCCAAAUGUGUAUGUAAUCAUCUCAUAUAAGCUCAAAAGCACUACACCUCUCCCGCUCCCUCCUGCUCCCUUUAACUGUAAAGCCAAAGGUGUUUGUGUUCUUGCCUUGGCCGUGUGAAGACGUGCUCUCGUGUCUCCAGAGACAGUGGUUUCGAAACAUCCUUAAAUAUUACUCCGGGAUCAUGGUUUACCAUUAAAAAUGGACUGCAAAAGAGAAAGCAGAGGAUAUGAAAGUACAUAGUGUAUGUAUUUAAAGUGUUUCUCUAUUUAUGUGUGCAUCCUCAGAGGGUAUCCUGUGCAGGAUCUGUUAUGGACUGUAUGUAUGUAUAUAUACAUUUCUAUGCUCUGCCUGAUGUUUGAUCACUGUACAUGAUUGUUUAGAGUUUGAAAAUGUGACUGAUAGAGAUGGGGUCUCCACAAAAGGACGUCACUUGACAAGAAAAUGGAAAAAUGUGCUUUCUGGCUUGUUAAUUGAUCCAGUUUAGUAGAAAUACACGGUGGCUGAUGAGUUUGUGGUACAUUGUCCUGAUGAUCUGUACAUAAAGGUGUGAUUGAUGGACAAAACAAUGAACUGAAUCUAUUUAUGAGAAAGGUUAACUACUGAAAAAUGUUCAGAGGGCAUAUUUUCUCUACUGCCUCUAUUUUCAGAGAUAGUGAUGCUGUUGGCCUUUUGAUGACAUUAGGCUAAACUUGUGCAAUACUGUGUCAGAGGUGAACCUUUGCAGUUCACCUUUCACCAUCUCAAAAGAAAUUUAAUAAAGUGGAUUGAACGUUUCCUCA